GAGAAAGAAGACGGACAGAGAGAGAGAGAGAGGUGCUCUACAUCGCACAGGCAGCAGACGGGCAAGAAAAUGAAUCUGAACACCCUCAUCGUCCUGGCUGUGGUGGUUUGGUGUGCCUCAGGCGAUCCCCGGACUUGUCGUCAGCAGAAGACGUGUGGGCAGUGUCAGGCCGCCAGCCCGGAGUGUGCCUGGUGUUCUGAUGAGAACUACGAGUGGAACAGAUGUGAUCGCAGGGAUUACCAUUUCCGAUGUCAGCGCCAAAAUGUCGUCAACCACACGUCCUCCAUCAGCCAAGAUCGGGCACGACCUAUUGGCGGAAGAGUUUUGAUUUCCCCUCAAUAUUUACAGGCCGUUCUUUAUAAAGGUCGCCCAGCCCCCAUUAAAGUCAGAGUGAAGGUGACAAGUAGUGACGUUAGACGAAGAAGGAUUAGCCUGCGCCAGAGAGCAGUGGAAGGUGUCACGGUCACAGUGUCAUCUGAUUGCCAUGGGUUCCAGGCGUCAAAUAAUAACUGCCCUCGAAUCAGAUUGGGAGAGAUCGUGGAAUUCACGCUGACACUAACCGUGGAGAGAUGUCAAGGUAGACAAAGAAUGCGCCUGGGUUCCCCGGGUGCCCGAGGGAGAGCCAUCAGAGUGGAUAUAACUCCCAAAUGUUCAUGUGACUGCGAAUCACAGACUUCGUCGGACGACACAAGGUGCAGUGAGAACGGUAGAUUCUCGUGUGGAGAAUGUCAGUGUUACCGCGGCUGGUAUGGAGAACGUUGUGAGUGUAGUUCACAGGAAGGGGACCCCCGUGCUGGUUGUAUGGCUUCCCAAAAUGCUACCCGGGAGUGCUCAGGCAGGGGUGACUGCCUUUGUGGACAAUGCCGUUGUCACACGGACUCCUCGGAAAGAUUUCGAUACUAUGGCAGGUUCUGUGAAUGUAAUGACUUUGCGUGUCCCUUCCACGACGGCCAAAUGUGUGGAGGCGCAAGCAGAGGGCGCUGUCUGUGUAACCGGUGUAUUUGUAAUGAUGGGUGGAGAGGCGAGGGCUGCGAACUGAGCGCUGACACGGCUUCCUGUAGAGCUAGGAAUGGGCAAAUAUGUAACAACCAUGGUCUGUGUCUGGGUGGAGUAUGUAGAUGUGACGGCAAUUUUAGGGGGCCCACAUGCGAGGAAUGUCCGACUUGCAUGGGCCGGUGUGAAGAGCUGAAGAACUGUGUGAUGUGUUUCGGGUAUCAGUCAGGACCGCUCUCCCGCCAGCAGUGUAAUGCUCAGUGCUCUGAUAUUACCAUGAACAUUGUCGACGUGGUAAACCCUGAUGCUGGUGCAAACCUCUGUUCAUUUGUGGAUGACUCAGACGGGUCGUUUUUCUUCUUUAAUUACCGCCGUACGGGAGCAGUCGUUGUCAAUAUCCAAAGGAACAAAGUAUUUGCAGGACGCUGAAGUAAGCUCGGCUCCCCUGACUGACAACUUUUUGGCGUGGGAAAUUUACGACUGAGAGGCGGAAAGAUGAGUGAAUGGGCCAGUUGCAAACAUUGCAAAUUAUUACAUGUAAUAAAACGCGAACAACAUACAACUACCGUGUAGUAAUUCCAAUAUAUACCUCACAUGUUAUAUGGACGUAAUAAAUAUUAGCUUUGUGGCAUUAUAUAGCCAGGUAUAUGAUGUGUGAAAUUACCCGCAGUUUUAUGUUAUUACAUACCUCUACGUUUGUAGGUAGAUUUGAUUGUAAAUCUCAAACUUGGAUAUAGAUUUUGUUCGUUAUUGUCACGUUUAAUUAGAGUAUCAACUACAUGUAGCUUGGUUCUGUGUAUGGUAUUAAAGUAGUGCUGACAUGAAUG